AGCCCGCCGGUGCCCGCCACCCCAACUCAACAACCCCCCUCUCCUUCCCCUUCCCGACUCGGGCUGGCUCAGAACACGCUUCUGGGUCAGUCCGCGAAUGCGCAUGCCUCGCGCGUCAAAUUCAGGAAAGCGACAUCAGGGAGCAAGCAACCAGCGCGACACCCGCCAUGAGAAUGGCCUGGUAGGGCCCGGCAGGCGCGUCGUCAAGCAGAAGAGCCAAACCCAGCUCGAUGGCGGCCUCAAGCCCGCCGCCGACAAUGCCUCGAUCCCUCCCGUGCCCGCCGUUCCCGCGACUGCGAAUGGUUCCGCCGCGAGUCCCGAUGACAUGGCGCCCGAACACAAGGCGACCGAGUUGUUGCGGCGGGGGUCGCUAGGCACCUACUCUGAGUCCUCGUCGGCCGAUUCCGUCCCCGCCCCGGCCGCGGCGCAUGCCGUUCCCGAAGAAGCCCACCGACGGAUCGAUGUCAACGAUGCAAAGAACACCAAUGUGCACCGCGACCCCGGUCCCGUGGACCUCGUCAUCACCGUGCUGCGAGCCUGCCCGCUUCAGGAUACCAUUGCCAUUCUCAUCAUCCUCAUGCAAGCGUCGCCCGCCGUGCUGGCCGCCAUCUAUAUGCUCUUCACCUGCCUGACCUUCGUUCCCCCCGUGACCACCAGCUCCGGCCUCAGCGUCGCCGAGAUUUUUGACGGGAGCCAGGGCACCCCUUCGUUGACGACCCUGAUCUGCAUGGACGUGAUAAUGUUGCUCAUCUGGCUGUUUCUCUGGGCUCCCAUGCAGCAGUUCAUUCUCGACCUCGCCCAGGUGGUCAUCUCCUUGACCCUGGGCGGUGGCGGCGGCUCUUCGCGGCAGGGAACGACGAGCAACAUCAUGCUCUGUGUUGCGCUGGUGGGCGUGUCUCAUUGGACCAAGUACGCGAAGUGGGACGGCCUGUCUCGCCUGACAGCCAUAUUUGGUUCCAAUCGUUUCCUGCCCUCGGACGCGGAGCGGAGCGUGCGGGCGUUCGACAAGAAGGGGCCUUACGGAUGGGUGCGGAGCGUUUUGGCCAUCCAUAUUCUCACCCAGGGUCUCGUUCGGUGCAUCCGGGAGUGGUACUUGCGCAGGGAACGACGGGACCUGCAGUCCCACGGCCUGCUGGAUCCUGAAUCGGGCAAAUCGGUGUCUUUCUCGGCCGAGGGCUGCUCCGACGUCGCGCUCAUGGCGGCCGACAGCGACGCUCACCUGCAGACGAGCGUGGCUCACCUCUCCAGCAAGAAGAGACGGAAACAGAGUGCCCAGGUCCGGAUCCGACAGCCUCUGUGGGCCGCACUCGCCAGCACCAAGAUCGUCAUGGUCAAGGAGUACGAGUUGCAGCACGCAACGAGCGAGUCCGCUGGCACGGACGCCACGGAUAUUCACAACCUCGGCAACGCACCCUUCCACACCCAGCCCGAGCAAAUCUGGAUCUGCUACGUCGGCUGCGAUGAAGUCUGCUUCAACACCAGCCACUUCCUUGAUGUUCGAGAAGAGGAGGCAGCUCGGGAAGCCAGCAAGCCGGGCGUCGACACUUCCAAGCCGUUCUACGUCAGGGUCAACAACGCUAUUUGGCAACCAACACGCAUCAUCCCGAUCGAGAACCCCGAGGAGGAGAAUCACCAGGGCACGCGGUGGACCGGCGACAUCUACGGACUGACUCCUCUGUCGAAUUACGAGUGCGAGUUUGUCAGCACGCGGACCGGCGAGGUGAUCUUCUCCACCAGCGUCAGGACGGUCCCGGCGAAAAGCAAGGACCCCGAAGCCGCCUCCACUCCCGCCGGCAAUCCGCGGUCGCACGCACGACACGACUCCCCGGCGACGACUCUGAGGGCGUCGAUCGCGGCCGCCGAGCUCAAAUUGGCCGAUGAGAAAGCUCGCCUCAAGGCUGUCCGGAAGGACAAUAACCGCCGACUAAACGCCGCGAGAAAGGAGAUCGAGAAGCUCUCGUUAGCCGUUCAAUCCGCCGGCGGUGACGACGAGAAGCUGAGGCAGAAGAUUGCACAGAACAAGAUCCAGGAGAAGCGGGCCGAGGAAUCCAUCUCGGAGCUCCAAGCGCAGCUGAAGGAGCUCGAGACCGUGCCGGAUGACUUGGUCAAUGAGCAUCGCGCAAAGCACAGCGCUUGGAUCGCCGAGAAGGCCAGGUUCGACCAGGCUCGUGCAGAUUUUAAGAGCUUCAAGGCAUCGAUCGAUAAGCAGAUCAAGUCGCUCGAGGAGGAGAGUUCCAGUCUCCGGGCCAAGAGGAACAAGAUCGCCGCACGCAUCGCCAAGGUCGACAACGAACACGCGCGCAUCACGGACGCCAACGCGCGCGGCCUGAACGAGGUCGAACGCCGCCGACAGGAGCGUGCCGAGCUCAAGGCUGAGCUUGCUCGGGCCGAGCAGAACAUUAGCGAUAGGAUCCAGGCACUGCGCGCCAGUAACGCUGCGAAGCAGGCCCAGGUCCACGAGAUGGCCAGCCAAAUGCAGGCGUACCUGGCCAGCUUCCAGGACGAAAUGGCUCCUCAGCCCAGCCACUUUGUGCCGCCACCGGCGCACUGGGGCCCGCCGCCGGCGGCUCCGUUCACGGCUGCCCAACCGGUUUGGCCGCCGGUGUCCAUGCCGGCGCAAGUCACUCCUCUGCUCCCCGCCGCACAGCUCUCAGCCUUCUCCACCCCGGCCCAGCCCGUCCUGAGCACCCCGCCGCACCACCGGACUAGAGGUCGCUCGUCGUCGAUGCUGAGCAAUGUCUCGGGCUUCACGCAGUCGACCGACGAGGAGGAGCACGACAGCGGUAGCGCCAACAACGCCGCCACCGUUGUCGGGGCGCCCAGCAGUGGCGACCGCCGCCGCGGUGGCCACCUCGGCGGCGCGCACGGGAAGUCCGCGCCGUCUGCCCUGCGGAGCCCGCCGGGGUUCCACGCCAAGGCGGGAUCGGCGUCCGGGUCGGGCUCCUCGGGGUCGGCGUCGGGCUUCGGCUCCGGCUCGGGCCGCAGUAGCGUGCGGUCUGGCAGCGGGAGCGGUGCCAGUCUUGGGGAGGUGGCCAGUCCUGUCUGAGAUUGAGGCGUUGUGUGUCGGGGCUGUGAUAUGUCUUGGCACCGUCCUCGUCCUCGUUUCUCCUCUGCCGUACAUUGGUUCUGGCAAUAUGCGGGGUUGCGCUCUGUUCGCUUCGCUGUUUGGCCCGCU